GUAAAGUCCUAUCUUUGGCCUUUUCAGAGUCGACCACUGGAACAAUGAAAAGGAACGCCUCGUUCUCCUCACAGAAAACAGCCUUCUGGUCUUCAAGUAUGACUUCAUCUUGCUGUACUGUGAGCAGAUCCAGAGGAUCCAGCUGAACUAUGUGGACCGCAUCUCUCAGGGCUCCUUCAGCUUCCCAAAGCGCUCCCUGCUCAAAAGAGAAGGAGAAGGGAUGCGUGUCUUCUGGGACCGACUGAGGGAACCCUCCUUUGUCUCCAAGUGGAACCCCUUUGCCAUCGACUUCCCAUACGUCACUUUCACCCACCACCCUGUGAGGACCAUCAACGACACCUUUGCUGCGCUCUGUGACAUCCACAAGUUUUCUGAGCAGCUAAAGGAUGCAGCAGAGAAAGCCCAUAUCAAAAAGCCAGUUCCUGGGAAAGCCAACGGGGUCCUGGCCCUGAAACAGCCCAUCUACAUCGAAGCCUACGUGGGCGCCAUGGCUUUCCUUGGAAACCAGAACAAGUUGGGUUAUUGCAUGGCGAGAGGGAAUGUUGGCUUUUAAAAUGAAGGUUUACUCUUUGAUUGAAUAGUUUUCCUCGGGUUUUCUUUUUCCUUUUGAGUCAGAUUUAGGUUUGUUUGCAUAAUUAAUAGACAUUUUCCUCUAUUUGAAAAAGGGUUAGGGUUAGAUGUUCUGUGUGUUGUUAGUUCUCUUGGCUCAUUAUCAUCAGUGAAUGGCAUCUCUGAAGAAUACUCAAAAACAUCCACAUAUUAUGCCCCUCUUCCUCCGUUGACAGUAACCCUGCUGGCUUCAGGAGCUUUUUAUUAGUGUUACGGUAACUCAACACUUCCACAACCAAACUCCUUUCUUUGUCCCUUUCCUGGUGUUCCUGUUAAGCUCAUUCCUGUGCCAUUCCGCCAUUUAGACCCACUGGAGCACACGGGCACAUUUUUCAGCUUCGGUUUUAUCCUUAAACAGACAUUUUACAGUGCAUACAAAAGUGUAAUCCACCCUUGAUUUUCGACUUCAUCAAAUUUGAUAUUUUUGUAGUUUCAUGUUUCCAUAAUUUUAUGACUUAAGGAGUUUCUGCUUUUUUAGGAGUUCCAGGAUAUUUAUUUAACAUUUCUGCACCAAAUAUUUUACCUUUUAACAUCACGGUCAGCUGUUUUCUUUCUGUGGUUACUAGAGAAUUACAGCAGCGUUGGCUCAACACUACAGCAAAUGAUUGCUAGAGCUAACUAAACACAUCCACAUGGUGUUUAAGAAGGAAAUGAAAGCAUGAAUCAGAUUUUUUUUUUGUGUGCCGUGCAAUAUUUAAAGAAAGAUUUUAGCCUGUUCCAUAUGUGUGUUUGUGCUGGUUUGUUGCGAGCUGUCAUUACUAAAGGAAUCCGUUCUAUGUGACGUUGGGAUUUGGGCUUUUGGGCUUGGAAGUUUUGAUUUACCAGAGUGUGAAUUAUGCUUAAAAUGUGUGAUCAGCUUCUCAUUAAAGUUAAUGUUGAGAAUA